GUAGUUUUUAACGUCCCCACCAUUGAACUCACCUACCGGUCACUCCUCAACGGCCUUGUCCUAGCAAGGAAGCAAGCAUUUCACAACUUGGAGCUUCUUUAUUGCUUGAGGGUCAAGGAGCAGACCCUAACAAAAAAUUCCGGCUGCUUUCGCAUUCUCUAGCAUACCACUGCUACCUUCGAAUUGUUUCUUUACUGAGCAACAAAAUCAACCUCACCGAUCAUGGCUGUAUCCCAGAUGCGAUGGGGCACCGUGUUGCUCGUCCUGGGCAUCGUGCUUGUCAUGAUGCCCGGAAAAGCGGCGGCAUUCGGCGCCGGCAACAUUCCAUCCAUCUCUCAGGUUGAGGGCCACAACUGGCGCCAUGGAGAUAUUGAGGAUAUGCUUCAGACUGUCUUGUUCCUCAAAGGCAAGAAAUGGUCAUCCAAGAACAUUUCACGCGUUUACUUUGGCAACUGGCUUCGAGACUACUCCCAAGCUGUUGAUGUAGGAAGUCUGAAGGGGGUCAACGCUGAAACUGUGAGGAUAUUGGUUUGGGUCCUGUCGUUCCUCUCCUUUGGUUACGCCACGGCAGAGUUUGAAGUGACGGCCGAUCGCCUCGGAGUGUACCGACCUGAGGAACACAUCGACAACCCUCUUGGCUAUGGCGACGGCAAGGACGCGCGCGAGUUUGACCCUCGGCUUCGCGGCCCCGUCGAUCCUCGCGAGGUUGAAGUGGACCCCCGAACUGGCAUGAAGAACUACAUCGCCAACGAGAGCGGCGGCUGGGCUACCAGUGUGGGCUAUCUCCGGUUCAGCUUUGCUCGAUCCAUCCACUUUGGUCGCGUUUAUACCAACGGCAGCCGGCCGGGAAAGGAAGAGGAUCUAUGCGAGGCUUUGAGAUGUCUUGGACAGGCGUUGCACUGCAUGGAGGACUUCUCGGCACACUCCAACUAUUGUGAGCUGGCUCUACGAGAACUUGGUCACCAUGAUGUGUACCCACACUGCGGUACUUCGACUGAAAUCAACUUGAAUGGCCGUCGGGUUUAUCCUCUUGUCACUGGCACAUUUGGAGCUGUUGACUUUUUGCAUUCGGUGAUUGGCGAGGCCACGGACAAUUUGACCCAGUCCGAGGUUGACGAGAUGAACGAUGCCCUGAUUUCGGCACAAAACCUAACCAAGCCGGGCGCAGGUGAUGGAAGUCGAUCGCUGUUCGGAUCCUCUGGGGACAGUACCAGUGGCUUUAUAUCACUGGUUGACAAACUUCCAGGAGUUGGCAACGGAUUUGCUAGCGAGGCCAGAGCUCUCCAAGCCGCGUCGGCAGCUCAGGAUCAGCAAAACCAAACACUCAGCCGGGCCAACCAGGUCCCCGGAAUGAGUCCUGAUUUCGAUGCUGUAGCAACAGCCAAGAAGAUAUAUCCUAUUCUUGCUUUCCGGGACAAGAUUGUCAGGGCUAUCAGCGACACUAUCUCCAAGAUUCCUGGUAUGGAAAAGCUCCUCGAGCGUAUCGGUGAAACUCUCACUGCUUUCGUUCUUGGUCUUCUGGCGCCUUUUGUGCGUCCUAUUAUCAAUGGUGUGUCCAAGGUUUUGAAAGAUGGUUCAUCUGGUGUAAUCGCCAGCUCUUCAAACUCUCAGCUUGAGCCAUGGAAGGAUCCGUCGUGCUCUAACCCCACGCACUCCAUGCUGAGCAAAGAUCACUUCACAAACGUGCUGAACUCAUGUGCCGGUCGUGUUGCCUCGACGGUGCUUCAAUACGUUGUCCCGCGUGUUCUUUUCGCUUGGGAGAAUCCGGGUGUGCCUGUGGAUGAAGUAGUCAACGACGUCAUCCGAGCCUUUCACCACCCCGCAGCUCGCAAUGAACAGAUCGAUAUUCAAAAACAAAUGUUCGAGACAGUGAGGAAAUGGUCUAAUGAGUCUCAUCAGGUCAUCCGCCUCCUGUCCUCGGAGAGUGUCAAAGCGGGCAAGAACCACGUGCUCUCCAACGGCCAAACAGCGAACAAAUCUCUCGGUGGCCACGACGGGCACGCUCAUGGCCCUACUGGAUUCCCCGCAGCCGCGAUGCGUGAACUUGGAGGACAUGGCAAGGUAUCGGGCUCUCUAUGGUCCCAGGUCAAGACUCGCGAUAUGGGUGCCAUGAGCAGCGGACCUUCAGGAGCGGCAGCGCCCCCGGAGCCCGACUAUUCGACCCGGCCGCAGGCAGACACUCAGUCUUCUUAUAACCAGCCGGUCCCUCCUGCGGCUUAUGGCUACGGUCAGCCCGCCCACCAGCCGCCCUACGGCCAACCCCAGGGAUACCAGCCGCAGCACCAGCAACACCCUCCUCAGCCUGCAUACGGCAGCGCCCCAUAUGGUGGACAAUCGCCGUACCCACAGCAACCUCCGUACGGGCAGCAGCCUCCUUAUCAGCAGCAACCUCCCUACCAACAGGCGCCGGCGCCGUACGGACAGCCAUCGCCAUACCCACCGCAACAACCGUAUCCGCAGCAAUCCCCAUAUCCGCAGCAGCCUCCAUACGGCCAGCAACCGCCGUACCAACAGCAGCCUCCUCAUGGACACCAGGGAGGUUGGGGACAGUAUCCAGGCCAGAGGUACUGAUCGGGAUUACCGGGAACGGGUUCUUAAUCUUUGGUGGGACUUUCUUUACGAUAUCAUUCAUGGGAUUCGACAAUAUCAUGGUACAUAGGCCUGGGGCAAGGAACGUCAGAACAUUGGGGUGGGCCAUUCGGGUUUAUUAGUCGCUCUCUGGACGAGGUAUGAAUGGAACCUGAUCCGGCUUUCUACACCUAUAUGAAGAGAAAGAAAAGAGAAAAAAUAAAAUAAAAAAAAUAAACAAACAAAUAAACGCUCUUUCUAUAUGCCACUUUGUUCAACGUCAAAGCCAAGUCUAUUCAAUAUAAAAAAAGAUUUCGCUUGCUAGACCCUAGCUAGCAGUGGGGUUCAGUAAGACCAGUUUCCCCUCGAGCAGAGAACUCAAAUCUCGAUACAGCCGAGCUAUCAUCUCCUCCUGCCUCUCGGGUUCUGCGCCUCGGUCCUGCGGAUAUCGCGUAUCUCCUUGGUACCAAGACUGCCGAGCCCACCCUCGCUCCGGCGCUCCCAGCCGCCUAGACGCACGACGAGGCAAGUGGCAUUGUCUCCGUCUGCCGAAACCUCGGUGGCGUAGUCAACGACGUCGCGGCCGCCCUGCUCCGGGGUCUUGGCCUCCUUGACGACGUCGACAAUCUCCUGGUCCGACAGCGAGCCUGAGACGCCGUCGCUGACCAGUACGAGGAAGCUGUAUUCGGCGGGGCCCAUCUCGGUGCGGCACAGCUCGGGCUCGGCCGAUACGCCGACGCGCUUGCUCUGCAGGUCGCCAAAGGCUCGCGAGUUGGCGAGUCCGCUGAAGCGCUCCUCGCCGAACGAGUCGGUGGCGACGCUGGACCCAAGGAAGCGGCUCAGGCGUCGGGCCUCGGCGGGCGACGACGGGUGAUGGUCCGACGUCAGAGCGCGGGCGAGC